UGUGUGUUUGUGUGUGUGUGUGUACCUUAGUAUAAAUAUAUAUUCUUGACUGACUGUUUUGUCUCCCAGGUGUUGGUUCAUUUACAAUUAUUGAUGGAAAUCAGGUCAGCGGAGAAGAUGCUGGAAACAAGUAUGUUCUAGUAUUUUCAAAUAUGGACAUGUUAGGGAAGGCAGUGUACUGUCACAGGAGAGUGAGGCCUGAAUCCUAGCUUCAUCUCCUCCAGCAGAAUGACUGGACUCUCAGGUGGAAAUAAUCCCUGUGUUUAGAAUUAUAGGGAGGAUGAAGUAAGUUAAUGUUAAUACAGGUAAAGUGCUAGCCUGGUGUCUAGCAAAUAGGCCAUUAAUAAAAAGCACCCAUCGUUACUAUCUUUAUUGUUCUUAUUAAUGCAAAGGAAUAGAGGAGUAGUAAUUAUUCCUUUAUUUGUGAAAUCUGGACGCUGUUUUUUUGUUUUUUUUUUUGAUUCUUAGGUGUUAUUAUGUGAGUAACAAGAUUUCUGGAUUAUGAGAAUAAUAAAAGCAAUGCCUUUUCUUUGUAAGCUUAGUCUAGAUAUCCCUCUCUCUACACUACACUGUCCCGAUCUAUGAAAGUGCUGUUUUAAAGAUGGCCUGGAUAUAAUUCUUUAAAGAUUGUCAUAUUAAGACUCUGAGAGCACCCCCAAAUUUGAAUUUCAAGCUCACCUUCUCAGGGACUUGGAGUCUGGGAUCUCUUAUUUUUGUCAGUAAACAACAACAGCAGGUAAAUACAAGGAAAAACAGGAUCUGGUUCAUAUUGAGCUUUGAUGUCUUUUCUGGGUAUGUGUAUAAGUUUCCCUUAUCCACAACACAGCCCUUUUAUUGCUAUCUACAAAGAAAAAGUCCUAUUAUCUUUGCUUGCUUAAUCUCAGUACAUGGGUGGCUUGCUUGAUUGGUUAAAGCAGUAUAUGAUAAGGGUAAGGUUUCUCUUUCUUAUGGAGCCAGUGAGCGUGUGUCAUAAGUGGCACCUUCACUCUGAUCAGCACCCUCAAAUCUGGGCCUUGGGACUUGACAAGCAUAUGUGUGGGAGAAAGCCUGAAUGAAUCUGUUAUAGUUACCUACAAAAGCAAACGGUUCAGGGUUCAAUACAGCAACGUGUGGUCUGUGGAACAGUGGUUCUAGGUAAUAUUAAUUGCUGUUAAAUGGGCAAAUGGAUUCCGUGGUUGGAUGAGUUUGGAAAACGGGUGAAAUGAGGUUAAACAUUUAUUUACCAUAAGACUUUAAUAUUAUGUAUAUUAUGUAUAUUUUGAAUUUCCAAGGAGAACAUACAGCAUGUGGUAUUUCCUGAACUUUUUUUUUAGCCAAGGGACUCUUUUCUUUUAGAGCAUCUUAUGAAAUUUCUUAUUCUGUGGUAUACACGUUAGGAAGUAUUGAUUUAUUAGUCCAUCUUUGUUUACAAGUUUCAUCCAGUUUUCUUCCUCCAAGAAGGUUUUUACAAUCUUUAAUCAAAAUAUAAUUUGUUUUAUGCUAUGAAUGAAAUAUACCUGGCAUUACAAGUAACCUUUCUUUUAUAGUCAAAUACAUCUUUUAAUUUUUUUUAUUUUUUUAUUUUGCCCAUUGUAGUUUUUUCCUUCAAAGAAGCAGUAUCGGAAAGAACCGAGCUCAAGCUGCCAUGGAAUUCUUACAAGAAUUAAAUAAUGAUGUUUCUGGAAGUUUUGUGGAAGAGAGUCCAGAAAACCUUCUAGACAAUGAUCCUUCAUUUUUCUGUAGGUUUACCAUUGUGGUUGCAACUCAAGUCCCUGAAAGUACAUUACUACGUUUAGCAGAUGUCCUCUGGAAUUCUCAAAUCCCUCUUUUGGUCUGUAGGACAUAUGGACUGGUUGGUUAUAUGAGGAUCAUUAUAAAAGAACAUCCAGUAAUAGAAUCUCACCCAGAUAAUGCAUUAGAGGAUCUUCGACUGGAUAAGCCAUUUCCUGAGUUGAAAGAACAUUUUCAGUCUUAUGAUUUGGAUCAUAUGGAAAAAAAGGAUCAUAGCCACACCCCAUGGAUUGUGAUCAUAGCUAAAUAUUUAGCACAGUGGUAUCAUGAGACAAGUGGACGAAUACCUAAAACAUAUAAAGAAAAAGAGGACUUCAGGGAUUUGAUUCGGCAAGGAAUUCUAAAGAAUGAAAACGGUGCUCCAGAAGAUGAAGAGAAUUUUGAAGAAGCUAUUAAAAAUGUGAACACAGCGCUAAAUACAACUCAGAUUCCAAGCAGUAUUGAAGAUAUAUUUAAUGAUGAUUGCUGCAUAAAUAUCACCAAACAGACAUCAUCAUUUUGGAUUUUAGCUCGUGCUUUAAAGGAAUUUGUGGCCAAGGAGGGUCAAGGAAAUUUACCUGUUAGGGGCACAAUUCCUGAUAUGAUUGCAGAUUCAGGCAAAUACAUAAAACUGCAGAAUGUUUACCGUGAAAAAGCAAAGAAAGAUGCUGCUGCUGUGGGUAAUCAUGUUGCCAAACUACUGCAGUCCAUAGGCCAGGCACCAGAGUCCAUUUCAGAGAAAGAAUUAAAGUUACUCUGCAGUAAUUCUGCAUUUCUUCGAGUGGUAAGAUGUCGUUCCUUAGCUGAAGAAUAUGGUUUGGAUACAGUUAACAAAGAUGAAAUUAUUUCCAGCAUGGACAAUCCAGAUAAUGAGAUGGUACUGUAUUUAAUGUUACGGGCUGUUGAUAGAUUUCAGAAACAACAUGGUAGAUAUCCAGGGGUAUCUAACUAUCAAGUUGAAGAAGAUAUAGGAAAGUUGAAGUCUUGUCUCACUGGUUUCCUUCAGGAAUAUGGAUUAUCUGUAAUGGUGAAAGAUGACUAUGUCCAUGAAUUUUGCCGAUACGGAGCUGCUGAGCCACAUACCAUUGCUGCAUUCUUGGGGGGAGCUGCUGCUCAAGAGGUGAUCAAAGUAAUCACCAAACAAUUUGUAAUUUUUAAUAACACUUACAUUUAUAGUGGUAUGUCACAAACUUCAGCAACUUUCCAGUUGUAGAAUAAGCACCCUAUGUAGAAUGUUAAUGAUUGAAACUGUAAUUGUUUUCAGGCUGUGCUCCAGUCUGUAAAAUUCUGCUAAGGGAGAGCUGUUAAAUUGUUUUCUUAAUAAACAUUUUUCUCAUUUGUAA